UCGUUUGAUGAGCUAUUUCUUAUAUAUAAAUAGAUGAAUAAGUAAAAAACAGAAAACAGGUGCAGUCGUGCACUCGUGCAGAUUUGGGUGAAGAAAAAAUUUGACUAAAUCUCAACCGCGGCUUUCUUUCUUUUCAGGGCAUCCAAUCCGUAUGUUCUCAUUUCCUUGAGCUUUCUCUAUUAGUCUAAAACCCCAAUGGAUUUUAGCUGAUCUUCCUCCACUCACCUACUGUUCUCGAGGCUCGAAGCUUUCUAUUCUGAACUAUUGUGUGGAAUUCCAAAUAGCAAGUCGAGAAUUAUUCUUUCCUUAGCUUGUUUGUGUCGAGUUGAUUGAGCUUGUAGGCUAAAGACAAUAUUUGGCAUAUUAUAUGUGAGCUUCACACGCAAUUGCAAUGGCUGCAAUUAAGUUUUCUAGAUUGACAAGAUCACUCAACCCAACUUUUAAUGUCAGAUCCUCAAUUGCUUGUCUAAGUCGUAAUUACCAUGUUACCCGGUCACAUUCUACUCAGGAUCAUUUGGCUUCUCAUAGGCAAUGCAAUUGGGGCUCAUAUUUGAGCAGACCAUCACUGAGCAGUUACCCUUUGAGAAGUGUAUCCUUAGUUGGAAUUAACCCUAUCUGGAGUGUUCGGUUGUAUUCAUCAUCUGUGGGCAGUCAAGGGACUCCUCCUGUUGGCUCAGAUUCUGCCAUUUCUGGAGCCAGUAUGGGUUCAGGUGGAUCUGACGGUAGUGAGUGGAUUCUGAAGGCAAAGGAAGCUUUCCAAAGUCUAGGGAGUGUCAUGAGUUAUACAGGAGAAAAGGCGAGGGAGGCUUCUAGUGAAUUAACCCCUUACAUUCAGCAAAUUGUUGAUGCAAAUCCUUACCUGAGAGAUGUUAUUGCUCCUAUUAGUGGCACUUUAGUGUGUACUUUACUGGCUUGGUUGGUAAUGCCGAGGUUUCUGAGGAGGUUUCAUAAGAUCUCAACAGAGGGACCUGCUAUGUUGUUCUCUGAGACCUCACUAUUGAAACCUGUACCUUAUGAAAAAAGCAUAUGGAGUGCUUUGGAGGAUCCCAUUCGCUAUCUGAUCACUUUUAUGGCAUUUACCCAAAUUGCAGCUAUGGUGGCACCAACCAGCGUUGCAUCACAAUACAUUCUACCCGCUUGGAAAAGUGCCACAAUUCUUUCUUCAGUUUGGUUUCUACAGAGAUGGAAAACAAAUGUGAUCAGUAGAUCCUUAGCUUUGAAGAGCUUUGAAGCAGGUGAUAGAGACAGGUUGUUGACACUAGAGAAAGUGUCUUCUGUUGGUUUAUUUGCCAUUGGAUUGAUGGGUUUAGCUGAGGCAUGUGGGGUACCAGUGCAAUCUAUUCUGACUGUGGGUGGUGUAGGAGGAGUGGCUACUGCUUUUGCUGCUCGCGAUGUCAUUGGAAAUGUUCUAAGUGGACUAUCAUUACAGUUUUCACGACCUUUUUCUAUUGGAGAUACAAUAAAAGCUGGAUCUGUGGAAGGUCAAGUUGUAGAGAUGGGGCUGACAGCAACGUCCUUGUUGACCGCCGAGAAGUUCCCAGUUAUUGUUCCAAAUUCCUUGUUUACUAGCCAGGUAAUUGUGAAUAAAUCACGGGCUCAAUGGCGGGCCUUGGUGAGGACAGUUCCUAUGCAAAUGGAUGACUUUGAGAAGAUCCCGCAAAUAUCGGAAGACAUCAAAAACAUGCUGAAGUCAUAUCCGAAUGUCUUCUUGGAAAAGGAGGCACCCUAUUGUUUCUUGUCGAAACUCGAAAGGACAUAUGCAGAACUGACUCUAGGCUGCAAUCUAAAACAAAUGAGCAAAGAGAAAAUGUUUGCAUCAGAGCAGGAAGUUCUUCUGCAAGCCGCCCGUAUCAUCAAGCAACACGGAGCUACUCUUGCUAAUCCUUCACUCGACUUGUAGAGAAAAUUUACUUCAUACUGGAGGUCUGUUUUUCAUGUCAUGUGUGUGAAUGACAUUAUGUUUUGGUACAAAGUUACAAAUCAAACACAGGGCGUGGCCUAGGAACCUCAUGAGAUGAAAUUGAGUGAUUAGCACCAGACGUGCUGACCAUCUGCAACUUUACAUGCAUAGCGAAAUGCAUAAUAGUUCUUUUGUUUUAUUUUAUACUUUGACAAGGUUGAGUGUGGAACUUGAAGCUAAGUGAUGACGGCAUUGGAGUUAGGAUCAACAUUCCCCCCCACCCCACCCAAGAGCACCAUGGAUGUGGCAUCCAUAGAUCUGUAAAGCAUCACUAAACCUAUCUUGGGUAUGUACUGUAAAUUGUAAUCAUCCAAUGGUGCCAUAAACAUAGAUUUCUUCAGUGGAGUAAUAAUAAUAAGAUAAGAAAAGAAUAGCGUGUAAUGUUCUUGUGUGAAUGAGGCCGGCCAGGAGGUCCCAUCCCCACUAAUGACACUGUUCUAACUUCUAAGGCCCAAUGACUAAUGAGGAAUCACUGGAUCACUAUUUAGUUUCUAUAGCUUCACACCAAACAAAAUCAUGAUUCUUCCAAAUUGUUUGCAUCCCUUCAGACUCUACGGAGUCUACGGCGUGGCUUUCUUCAUUUCAUUGUUUAUUUUUUUUUUUUGCAUGUACUAUUGAUAGAAAUAUAUAUUCACACAGAAUAAUUCUUAAUUAUCUACACGUGAAUCUCGUGUUCAUUGGUAAUUUGGUAUAUAAUGCGCAUGCAAUAAGUUAG